AUGUCGCUCGACCCCUUCGAAGCCCGCCUCCAGUUCCUCAAGUUCGUGCGCACAUUGAAUGCCUCGCAACAGAGUAUCCAAAAAGUCGUGUCGUUUGCAGUCAAAUACGGUGCAAAAUGCGGCGAUGACCUGUGGGAGUGUGUUGCGGAUGAGAUUGGCAAGGGAUCCCUCAACGCUCGCAUAAACAUCCUAUACCUCCUCGACUCGCUCGCGGAAACAAGUGCGGCAGUAGGACCACCAGACGCGCCCUACCUUCCUCUCAUUGAACGUGGACUGCCGGCCCUCGUAGCUGCUGUCGUGCCAGCUACCCGCGAAGGACACUUGAAUGCGCGGUCUGCGCGGCAGAUCCUCGAGUCGUGGCGCGCGCGGAGGGUGUUGGAUCCAGCAGCAGUGGAUGCGGCGCUCAAGAUUCUUGCGGGGCGGAGGCGGGUUGGAGGGGGGGCGGGAGAAGUGGGAGACGGCAGGGACGGAGAGAAAGGGAGAGAAGGAGACAAGUCCGGGGUAAAGGUCGAGGGGAGAGACGACAAGUCAGCAAAGAUGUCGCGGACCGACAUCCUACGGCGUAUCGAAGAAGACCGGGAGCGCCAGAAACGCCUGCGCGAGCGCAUGUGGAUCCUCCCCGUUCCUCCACUUACCACCGCCUCCGCCGCCCCGUCGCCAUUCCUCACGCCCGCAUCACCAAAACCCGGAGUGAAACGCAAACGCGAGGAGAGGGAGAUGCUUCCACCUCGCGUGCCUGGCGUACAGCCUCUCGACGUCGAGUUUGAGCAGAUGUGGGAGGGCACGAGCGACCUCGAUGACGACGACUAUGAGCGGAUGCGAGAAAACGCAGUAGCAGCAGGUCUCCUAUAA